AGAAUAAAUACGUUGGAAUGGUUUGGUUGUCAGAGGUGUUGUCCAGAUAGCCGUUUUCUUUAACUUCCCACUUUCUCUGUCUCAAGAUGCCCCCAUUAUUAUACUCUCUUUCCUCCUUUUGCUCUCCAUCUCGCCCCAACCCCAACCUUAUAUACAUUUCUUUCGCUCUUCCUUUUAGACAGAGAGAGACACGCAGAAAAAGCACUAAUCCUCUGAAACACACGUAGACAGGGAGAGAAGGUAGAUACACCAUCUUGUGUCUGAGGACUAAUGGGUUCGUCUUCGGGUCAGAGUAGCGGCAGCUACGAUCUCUCAUUCAAGAUCUUAGUGAUCGGAGAUUCCGGCGUCGGAAAAAGCAGUCUUCUUGUCAGCUUUAUCUCCAACACCGUCGAAAAUCUUUCACCCACCAUUGGCGUGGAUUUUAAAAUCAAGCUGCUCACCGUUGGUGGGAAGAAAUUGAAGCUCACAAUUUGGGACACUGCUGGACAGGAGAGGUUCAGAACAUUAACAAGCUCUUAUUAUAGAGGUGCCCAAGGGAUCAUUCUUGUUUAUGAUGUUACGCGUAGAGACACCUUUACAAACUUAUCAGAAGUAUGGGCUAAAGAAGUGGAACUCUAUUCGACUAAUCAAGACUGUGUCAAGAUGCUUGUUGGGAAUAAAGUUGAUAUAGACUCUGAAAGGGUUGUAAGUAGAGAGGAGGGAAUUGCAAUAGCAAAAGAGCUCGGAUGUUUGUUCCUUGAAUGUAGUGCUAGAACAAGAGAAAAUGUGGAGCAAUGCUUUGAAGAACUUGCGUUAAAGAUAAUGGAGGUUCCUAGUCUUUUAGAAGAAGGGUCGACUGCAGCAAAAAAGAGAGACAUUUUGAAGCCUAAACCGGAAAACCAAGCACCUCCAAACCAAGCAUCUCCAAACACUAUUUGUUGCUUAUAAUGCCUCCAAAUAGUCAAGACUCACUUCUCAUGAACGGAUCAUGUACAUGUUAAUGAAAUAUUGGCAAUCGGAUAACAUGUAUUAAUAUACCCAUGUUAUGAUCAGAACAAAUUGCUUCUACUUUUCGCUAUUUAAAACAUGGCUUUCUGCUUA